GAGAGAAUAAGCUGGGGGAGAGAGCAGAGAACGGUGAUAUCGCUUGGCGGACAGGUAGAGGAGGGAGGAGGGGAGUUUGCAAGGUGAUCGAGUGAGAGAAGACACACGUGGACAGGGUGGAGUGACUUAGAGAGAGACGUAGGAUAAAUUGAGCGAGAUAGACAGACCGGGCAGACACGACAGACAAGGCAGAGAGAUCAGAACAAGGCCAACAGGACACGAACGCCAAAUAAGCGAGACAGACACCAAGCUAACAGACAGACGUGCCAAGUUUGACAGAAAGGCAAGAAAUACGCAGCUGACCGGGGAAAACAGGACAGCAAAGACAGAGAGCCACGCUAACAGAGAGACAGGAUAGGCUAAGCUCAGACAGAGCCCGUGACAGAGUGAGUGAUAGAGCAAUGGCAUGCUCCUCGCUUGGCCUGCUGCUGCUGUGUCUGCGUGGAGUGAUGUCCGUGGAUCAAGUUCCCCUACUCGUCUGGUCUCACGAGCGGCUGGACUGGGGAGGGCACCAUCCACCCAGUGCGGGCCACGUGGUGGAGACGUCCGAGUUGUACGUGCACCUGUCACGCGCCGUCCAGCCCGGCUCCUCCCUCGUCAUCUUCAUGCAGGACAAGCUCAGCGUUGACGACUUCACAAAGUACGGAGCGGUACACGAUGACGAUAAACACACGGGUGUCUUUAAAAAUGUCAAGGCCCUCUUCGGCCGGGCUGCCUCCAAGCUGUUCCUGCCGGCCGUGGACUGGAAGGCGGCGGCUGCCGUGGUCGAGUUUGCUCGAGAGCGGCUGGGUCCAGAGAGGCGCGAGUUUGACGAGGGUCUGGGGUCCUCUCAAGUGCCCCGCAACCUUGACCCACACCAGCCCAACCUGGUUGUCUACCGCCUGCCAGCCACCGCCGGUGAUUCUGCAUCGUUGAGACGAGCGGCUUUCGCUGAAAAUGACGAGAUCAUUGGAAAUACGCUGGCUACCCUCACGUUUAGUGGAAUCAAUUUCACAGCUAUUUACACUGCGCUGAGGCCUUCCAGGGUGGCUGGCAGCUCAGCGUCUCUGGGCAACCCCUCCGACGUGUCGAGAGGACGCAAGCUCCUGGCGGUCGAUUCAACGGUCACGCAGAGCAACUACAAGCCCCUGGCGUUCAGUGACAACAACGGGAGCUGCAUUCUCUUCUGGGCGUCCAACAUCACCCUGGUGUAUACUGAAAUGGCUGGUGGCAAAGCGGUUCACAUUGAGCUGGCCGACUUGACUUUCAACAACAGCGUCGUUGACCUCAGUGGCUCCAGCUGCAGCAGCGACAAUGCCACUCUCUCCUUAAGGUAUAACAACGUAUCAACAUUUCCUUACUUGACGUUGCGGUUCGUCAUGACAAACCAGUACUACCAAGUGACAAAGAAGAACUGGUUUUCCGUAAAAUCCUUCGAGCUGGAGUACGCGGAAAACACAACGGCCACCUUCAACACCACGUACAUCUCGUCGCUCGAGGCUUUCUCCUACCACUGCCAGUUCCUCAGCUCGUCUUCCUACUACGGAGGCUACCUGUACGCCGCGAACCCACAGGCCUCCGAGUGGACCGUCACGUUCCAGGAUUUCCAGAUCCAAGGCUUCAACGUGGGCAACUCGAGCUUCUCUUACGCCAGCGACUGCGCGAGCUUCUUCACGCCGGCCAUCUGGAUGUUCCUCGUGUCCACCACAGUACUCGUCCUCAUCCUCACCUACGGCGUGCAGAAGAUCCUCGCCAUCACCACGCUCGACCGCUUUGACGACCCCAAGGGGCCCACGCUCGCCAUUUCCCAGAGCGAUUGAUGUAAUGGCUACCGCGGUUGCUAGGCAACACCGAUUGAUGUAAUGGCCGCCACGGGUUGCUAGGCAACACCGGCAGCAUGGUCCAGGAGCCAUUAUCUCCCUCUUAUUUUUUCGUCAUCGUGGUUUGCUGGGCACAUGCCCAAAAUGCACAGGUGGAGUUUGAUUGCUAUAUCUGGUGGGGGGGGGGGCGCAGGGGUUCGCUUUGUCCCUCACGUUAGGGAUCACGGGUGCAUACAAUUAAUUUAUUUUAAAUCUUAAUUGUAAACUACUGAAAAUAAAUUCAUGAAGGUGUCCAGUUUUGGGCAGGGCAUUGCCCUGCCGCCCCCCACCACCCUGUGCCCCCCCCCCCCCCACAAACUCCGCCCAUGCCAAAAUGCUAGACGACCAGCAGCAAACAGCACUGCUGAAGGUUAAAUUGAUAAAAGUUAAUGUUUCUUUAAAUUGAUCUCAAGGUUGUAAGAACUUUUCAAAGGAGACAAUGAGAGGGAAGCUCAAAGUCGAGCAGCGCGGGGAACUAAUCUGUGAGAGAAGAGCAUACCGGUCAAUCCCUUAUCAGUGCCCUACCUUAUUACAGACCAAUUCAGACCGUAUUGGUCACCCCGUGCCCUUAUAAAUCUCAACGUUCAUCCUACAAAAUCCCAUCUCAAGGGAGAAACACAAACAAAUAGACGAAAACUAUUUUUGCCCGUGUUAACGGUUGUACGCCGUAUGGACCUGAAAACUCAAUUUCCCUGUACAAGAAUACGGGGUAAACCGUAUGGGUUGACAGCUAUGGAAGUUUUGAUUUAAAGCUUUAGUGACUGCAGGGAUUCAUAUUCUUGGUUAUUUCGGUAAAGUCAUGUAGAAGGGAAAUAAUAAAAUAAUAAAAAUAUAAAACAAUAACAUUUUCUUGCUGUGGAUUUCACACCUGAUGAUGAUUGCUUGUGUUGCAGUCGAAAAGUCGUGAGAAUUUUUAUUGUUUGAUAUUUUUAUUAUUUUCCUUCUACGUGACUUUACCGAAAGAACCAAGAAUAUAGCUAUGGAAGUGUUGUUGGCCUGCAGUGUGGUGGUAAUGCUGUUUUUGUCGUGGGAGGCAGCCAAGCGUGGGUGUAGGGUGGCAGAUCUGCAAGGAAAUUGAAUGGGUCAAACGACCCAAUACGGAGCCAUUCUGAAAAAAACGAGUCUUGAGACUAAAUUUCGAUUUAAAGCUUUCGUGACUGCAGGGAUUCAUCUUCUUGGUUCUUUCGGUAAAGUCACGUAAAAGGGAAAUAAUAAAAAUAAAAAAGAUGUUUUAUUUAAUAAUAAAAUAAGAGAAAUAUGUUUUACUUUUAUUAUUUUAUUAUUUCCCUUCUACGUAACUUUACCGAAAGAACCAAGAAGAUGAGUCUUGAGACUCUCCAUGGAUCUUACCGGUUUCAGGACAUUUAUUAUUGCGAUUAUUAAACGCACCAUAAACGAGUCUCUCACACGUAUGCGUUGUGCAAGAACUGCUCUUGAAUUGGAAUGGUUAAUUAUAUAUUUACUGGUAGAGGCAUACCAAUUUAGCAGCUGUUCCUCUGUUAAAUAUUACAUGUGAAAUUACUAACUGUGAAAUUUCAGUUUGAACGUUACCAUCGUAUUAUUUGAUUAUCAUGCCAUUAAUGUGUUUACAAAUGCUUUUGCCGUUUGGCAUGGUUGUCUACGCAUGGUGUGAAAGAAGUUCAACAUACAUACAUUCUGCUUAUCACUUGAGAACCAAAACGAUGCGUCAAAAAUCUGCAAAAAAAAACUGAAACAAAAAUCCCUCUUCCCAAAAUGCAUUUUGUUUUAUUUUGAUGGGGUGACCUGACCUGGAGAGUGGUAACAGACAUGUUCUCACUUUGACAAUGCUGCCAAUUUUGAACUCGGGAACACAUCCCGUAUAAGCAGGAUACGCCACAACUCUCGGUGACAAUUUGACAACACAGUGAAGUGCUUUUAAUUAUCGGGAUGAAUGCGGCACGUCUUCCGCAAGACCAUUGCGAAUGUGAUCCUUUAAAAUGGGGAGCCGUGUCUUCUAGAAUAUCAUUCAGAAUGGCUGGUGAUAAUCUUCGCUCUAUUGAACUGUUAUGUUUCGCUUUGGAUAAUCGUCUUCUGGAAGAAUGAUCUUCUCUAAGAUGAUUCUCAACAAUGUAAUAAAAACAUGUCCCGGAUUUGCAAGA